UGAAGCAAGCUACCAAAACACUCUGCAACCGAAAGUCAAAGGUUCUUCACUCAUUUCAUUUUACUUAUCUGUAAUCAAGUACACAUGAGCUAGCUAGAUAAGAUUUGUUUCAAUUACGAACUGUCUCUUUGGUUUUCAUUGAAACGAUUUUAGCAUUAAAAAAGCUGAUCUCUCUUUAGUUAUCAGUUCUUGAUUCAGUCAACAAAUGGAUAGAAGCAUUAAUAACAUUGAAGAUGAUCAAGAGCUAUCCCAUUUGUUUGUCUCUCUGAGAGAGAAGCUGGAAAGAAUUCCUUCCAUAUCCUCCGAUUGUUGCAUCUUUAGAGUUCCUAAACGACUCCGAGAGUUAAAUGAAAAGGCAUACACUCCUCGGGUAGUCUCUAUCGGUCCACUGCACCAUGACAACGAGGACCUCCGAGCCAUGGAAGUGCCCAAACUGCGUUACCUCAAAAACUUUUUACUGAGGACCAAUGUGAGCAUGGAGGACUAUCUCAAUCUUUUGAAGGGGAGAGAAGAAAGACUUCGCAACUCUUACGGAGAACCCAUCAAACUUACGAGUAAUGAGUUUCUGGAAAUGAUUCUGGUGGAUGCAGCUUUCGUCAUUGAGGUAAUGUUGCAGUACCAUUCCCCAAACAAGGCAAAUUAUAAUGGAUAUCACUUUAUACUUGGUAACCGAUCGCUGAUUAAAGAUGUCAAGUAUGACAUGUUACUACUUGAAAAUCAGCUUCCAUUUUUCAUUUUGGAGGAGCUCUUUCUCAAGGCCAGAAUCAUCAUUCCUCCCGAACAUGAUGAGAGACUCUCUCUAAUUAGGCUUACCCAUCACGUCUUCGAAACGCAGGCAUAUUUGGAGGGGGUAGGUCAACCUCUAGGAAAAAUAUGCUUAUCUGAAAUAGAACAUUUUGUUCAUUUCAUAAGAAUUUGUCAACUACCACAGACCCUACCACCCAAAGGAAAACUAAGAACUGUAAGCAUACCCAGUGCAACACAGCUACAUCAGACUGGGGUCAAAUUUAAGGUUGCAUCAACUGGAAACCUCUAUGACUUAAGAUUCAAAAAUGGAGUUCUGGAGAUUCCACAUCUACGAGUUCGAGGUUCAACAGAGUCCCUUUUUGGUAACCUCAUUGCCUUUGAGCAAUGCCGUUUUGAUGCUGAUUACAUCAGUGACUAUCUAUUUGUCAUGGAUCGUCUCAUUGAAACUCGAAAAGAUGUGGAAGUACUUGUUCGGAAUGGAAUCAUCGAAAGUAAGCUACUCGACAGCAAAGGGGUGGUGACUUUCAUUAAGCACCUUGUCCCAGGAACAAUCAUGCGUGGUAAAAAAUUCUAUUUUACUGAUGUUUGUGAAGACUUGAAUGCUCACUGCAAUGUCCUGUGGAACAAGUGGAAGGUAACCUUGAGGGAAGAUUACUUCAGUUCUCCAUGGGCUGUCCUUUCUAUUACCGCAGCCGCUACACUUCUCUUACUCACUUCCAUUCAAACAGUGUGUUCAAUCAUUUCUCUGUAGGCCAGUGAUUGUGAUCUCAACCUUAAAUAAUAGCAUGUGGCCUCUGGCAUAACAUUC